AUGAGUCGCCCGGUGCAGUUGGAAGACGCCCAAAGUGGUCAAAACCAUGGCUGCAGAUAUUCUUACAUGGAAUCACCGGUAGAGGAACAGGGAUGGCCUGAACAGCAAGCUCAUGCUCCGACGUCGCCAGGACCAGUCCCCGCAAACUCCGGCCUACAUUCACCGCAACACCAUUACCAAUACCAGCAACGCCACAUAGCGAUCGAACAAUCCACACCAGUCCAGAACCAAGCUACCCAAAUCUAUCCCAAUGAGAAAGAAAGACAUCUGCAACAGGAGGGAAUAAUACCUACUUAUUCGAAAUACCCGCCACCAGACCAACAUCCUGCCAACUUCGCUCCUUAUGCUGAGCCUGCUCAGCCCCAACAUUAUAUUCAACCGAUCAUCCACUCUCCAAUCCACUCACCUAUUCAUUCCCCAAUGCAAUCGCCAAUGCAAUCGCCAAUGCAAUCUUCCUUUCAAGUGCCACUGGCCUCGCCAGUAUAUGCUCAACAUGUUGUGCAAUAUCCGUAUCAAUACCAACACCAGGAACAAUACCAUCACCAGGAACAGCAGCAGCAGCAACAACAGCAGCAACAGCAACAGCAACAGCAACAGCAGGCAUACAGUCAACCAGAACCACCAAGCUCCCCCGGACCUCUUCCCGUCAAACAAACUCUCGAAAUUCCAAAUAGAAGCAAUACUAUGGUUCUUGCGCCCGACGAAAAUCCAUUAAAGUCGCCCAAACUGCCUUCGUUCCCACCUCCGACCGCAAGAGACUCCCCGCAAGCGCAAGCGACAGAAGACUCAAACAUAUUCCACCAACCCGGACAAAUAAUGCAUCCAGUACAAGAGGUCUACGGAGGAGGAUGGAGCCACGGGAUGUGCGACUGUUCGAAUAAUAUCUGGGCAUGUUUUCUGGGAUUAAUAUGCCCGUGUGUUCUCUAUGGGAAAACGCAGUAUCGUCUCAACCGAAAGUCCAAACAAGAAGACCCGACCAACAUGUUGGGAUACGAGACUUGUAAUGGAUCAUGUACCGGAAUGGCUUUACUAUGCGGAUGUCAAUGCAUUUUGACCACUAUACAACGCCGGAGAACGCGUAAAGCCUAUGGGAUCCCAGGAGAUACUGGGUCAGACUGUGUUCGGUCGACAUGUUGUUGCUGUUGUACCCUCAUUCAAAAUGAGAAAGAGAUAGUGAAGCGAGAAGACAACCGCAGUCGUGUUGCGCUGGAGAGGGGGGCAACUUUUACAUCACCUUACAUGGCACCCGCGCCGAUGACCUUCCCCCCACCACCGAAAUAA